UAUUUAUGUUUUGACAUAUGUAAAGCAUAUACAUAGUAACUAAGAUAGUAAAUAAAUUAAGUCUCUUAGUUGAGAGAAUCAUUUUCCAAAGAAGCAUAAAUGGGUCCUUCAGAAGAAGUGUGCAAAAGCCUUGUUAAAUGGCUACAGUCCUUGGUUCCAACCCAUACAAGAACACUAUUGGAAAUCAGUGAUGGUGUUGCCAUUCUUGAGGCACUACUAAAGAUAUCCCCAGCGAAUUUCUACAAGUUGCAAGGCAAAAUGAAAGUGGAGGUUGGAAACAAUUGGAGACUUAAGGUUAGCAAUUUGAAGAAAAUCAAUGAAGCUAUUAUUGAGUAUUACCAAGAUGUACUGAACUUCCAACUACUAGAUAUUGGAAGACCAGACUUGCAGAGUAUAGGGGAAAGGGGAGAUUUGAUUCAGGUAGGAAAAUUGUUAAGACUUGUAUUAGGAUGUGCUGUGAACUGCGAAAGGAAGAAGGAAUAUAUAACACAAAUAAUGGCAUUGGAAGAAUCAGUGCAGCAGUGUAUUAUGCAUGCUAUUGUGGAACUACAGGAGUUAACAGAUAGCCCAGAUGGAACAAGUUUGAAACCUUUUGAUUCAAAGAUUAUUAGAUUGGAAACUGAUUUGGAAGGUGCUAAUGAGGCCAAGGAUAGGUUUGCCCAGCAAUGUCACAACUUGGAAGCUCAAGUGCAGCUUUUGCAAGAGGAGAAACAGGCUCUGGUUGCUGACAAUGAAUUGCUGGCUAAUCAGAUUAAGGAGCAACAAACAACAGAUAUACCAAGAGGAUUGGAGAGCAGAAAGCAAUUUGAUUUGUUGAAGGAGGAGAUUUUUAAAUUAGAGACUAUCAGGGAUGAUUAUGCUGCAAAAGUUGUAGACCAAGAGAAACAAAUACUAACAUUGCAGGAGAAAAUUGCAGAACUUCAUUUAACUGCAGAAGCUACAUCAAAAUUGAAGGAUGAAGUAGAUGCUUUGACAGAAUCUGCAGAUAAAGUGAAAGCUUUGGAAAUCACAAUUAAUUCAUAUAAGAAGAAACUUGAAGAUUAUGCAGAUAUAAAGAAGCAAUUGAAGUUGUUAGAGGACAAAAGUGAUGAAUAUUUGAAACAAAAUCUUAAAUAUGAAGAAGAAUUAAAGAAAUACCAUAUGUGGAAAAAUCAGUCUGAAUUAUAUAAGUCAGAGGUGAAUGAUUUGCAACAAAAAUUGGAGGAAUCUUUGCAAGAACUGCACAAGGUUAGAUUUCAACAUAAAACGUUGCAAUCUAAAAUAGCGGCACUACAGGGUGAAAAAGAGAGAACAGCAAGACAAAGAGACAUGUUGCGUGAUGAAAAUGAAGAGCUAAGACUAGCAACACAGAAGGAACAGGAUGGAGCAGCAAUGUCUCAAGAAGUGACGCAAAUAGAAUUAAAAGAUCGCUUAAAAUUAUUGGAAAAAGAAAAUCGUCUCUUGCGAUCUAGUAAUCAUGAUGUGCAUUCUAAACAAGUUCUUCUUGAUGAACAUUUAAGUAGAAUUGAGAAAUUGACAGAACAAAAUAGGGCUGCUAAUCAGAAGAUCAUUGAAACUGAGGCUCAGCUGGAAGAACAAAAAACUGUGAACAAGGAAUUUAAACAGAAGAUAGCUCAUCAGCAGGAGGUAUUAGAAAGGAAUACUGAGAGGGCUAGAGAGGUUGCAAGUGCUCUCCAAGGUACAAGCAAUGGCAACAUUGAUCCUCUGCGUCAUAACAACAUCAAGGAGGAAGAAAACAGGUUAAUAACAACUUCAUACUACAGACUAGGUCUUCACUGUCACAGAGAAGCUGUUGAUGAAAGAUUAGCUUUACUGAGUGCUGGUCAAGGUCAAUCAUUUCUCUCUAGGCAAAGGCAACCUAUGCCUAGGAAACCUGGCACACCAUUCAAAUCAAAAUGACCACAACUACCAGCAUGCAAUAAAUUGAAUCCAAAGCCAUUAUGAAUUAUAGUUUCUGUAUAAAAAUAUGAACAUUUCUAUUUAUCCCAUUUUAUUUAAUUGAGAGUUU